AUGGCAUACCAUCCUUCUCACGUUGGAGAAAGCCCUAUCCAGACAGUUGACAUUUCCCCCUUUCUUACUGAGGCUGGCGAUUCUUUCGAUGAUUUGGGACUUGUCAGAGCUGGACAGGCUCUUGUCAGGGCUCUCCAUACUCUAGGGUUUGUCAAAAUCUCAGGUCACGGAAUUGAAAAACAUGAAAUUGAGACUGCUCUUGCUUGGUCUAAGAAACUUUUCGAUCUAUCGUACGAAGACAAGAUGAAAGCCCCUCACCCCGCUGGAAACAUGCCCCACCGAGGCUACUCAGGGAUCGGCCGGGAGAAAGUUUAUUCUUCAGCAGAUGUAGAGGCCAAUACAGCGGCCGACAACAUUGCCCAAGAAUUGCGAAAGAUCUCUGACUUCAAGGAGAGCUAUGAGAUAGGAAGUGAGGACGAUCCCGUGCAGCAGAACAUAUGGUUACCCGAUGAUGUACUCCCCGACUUCAGGCGUCGUAUGACAGACCUCUACAAGAGGCUAUACGGUGUGAGCGAGCUCUUGCUUCGGGCUAUUGGUGUUGGCUUAGGCCUUAACGAUGAAGAACGCACCGCACUUGAUAGGCUGAUUUCGGACCGCCAUUGCCAACUGCGCCUAUUACAUUACCCUACUGUUAGCAAAAGCAAGUUACAGAAUGACCUAAUAGCACGCCUACCACCCCAUACUGACUGGGGAACAUUUACGAUCCUUUUUCAAGACGGUGGUGGGGGAUUAGAACUAAAGAGCCCCCGAUCACAAGAAUUCCUUCAUGCAGAACCCGAAGACGAAACAUUUGUAUUGAAUAUUGGUGACAUGCUCCAGCGGUUUACUAAUGACUAUUUUAUCUCAGCCCUGCAUCGAGUAUCAGUCCCCAAGGUCGAUAAAGUACCAGAGACGGGUAUCCCCGCUCGCUACUCUAUUCCCUUCUUUACUUGUCCUGACUUCACUCACGUGGUAGAAACUCUACCACGCUUCAUUACAACUGAAACCCCCAGUAAGUAUGAGCCGGUCAGGUUUGAUGAAUACGGUUCACUCGUUAGCAAAUAUCAGUACGGGCGAGACAACUUGUAA